UUUUUUUUUUUUUUUGGUUUUGUACAUAUGUACUUAAGUUAAACAACAUGUCACGUAUAAAUAUAUGAUUUAUAUAUCGCAUGCACUGUACGUGUGGAAAUUAUUUGUUCUUCAAAUCCAAAACAACACGACUGAGCCGAUGGCUACGGUUCAAACAAGUUAAUCCGAACAUAGGAUCCUGCUGCUUGUAAAACAGAUUAGAACCAUUAAAUUCGCUAAUUACCAUGCCUUAAGCAUGCCCGUGUUGCAUUUCCUCGUCGCGUCGCGCACAUCGACAAGCGCUGUAGCACUAGAAAUAGCACGCACGGGAAUAGAUGAGUUUCACUUUCGGAUGGUUGGACGACGACCAGUAGCUUCGAGUAUCGUUAACCGUUGCAACGUGUUUGUCACGGAUUAAAUUGCGCGCCGAUGAGAUUGCGUGCAAAUCUGAUGAAGAUCGGAUUCGAUGCAGAACGUGUCCACUAGAAGUGGAAGAAUUUUCCUUGAAAAUCCGGAAGUUGGCCCAACUUCUUUCUCACCAGUCGUAGUAAUAUCGUGUUGCUCGACACUAUGACGAAAGAGAGAUUUCAAAAAAAGGGAAAAAAUUAAGUGAACCGGUCAGACGAGAAAAACACACAGCUGGUCAAAGUACAGGAAGAAGGAGAAUGUUGAAGAACGACGACGAGGUCAGCGAUUACUUCCGCUCGAAUUUCCUGGCGCUGCAAAAGACGGUCAGCCCGCAGGAUAUGAAAAGAUUCCUGUCUUUGAACGACGAUGCGGAGAGGAUCGGUUUCCUGCUGCGUUGUCCGCUGAUGUACGACUUGCCGGUGCAGGUGGCCGGCGAGACGCUGAAGAACAGCAGGGAAGCUCUGCAAUUGAAAGACAUCGGCAACAGGUACUUCGGCCGUGGUGAAUUUCUCAAAGCGUUGGAGACUUACUCGAACGCGGUUCUACUGGCUCCUCAGAAAGAUUUAGGCGUUAUAUUGGCGAAUCGUUCGGCAACGCUUUACCACCUGGAAAAGUACAAUUACGGCCUGACAGACGCGGAAGAAGCUUUGCGCGUCGGAUACCCGCAGCAGCUGCUCUACAAGAUCGAAGAGAGACGCGCCAGAUGUUUGCUCGGGAUGAAAAGGCAAGGCGAGGCUGUGCUGGCGUUCAGAAACGCUCUGCAAGCGUUGGACACAGCGAAACUGCCGUUGGACAAGAAACAGAAGCUCGAAGCAGACAUCAGAGUUAUGCUUGCCGUGAUAGACAAAGGUAACCAAUUGGCGCAAAUGACGCCGAAGAUCCAUCAGCGAGAAAGAAUCGGCGAGCCUAAGAGAACGACGCCAAAGAUCGACGAAUGCAAUCAAUUGUACCCUGCGUGUAGCAAAGCGGUCGAAAUCAGAGAUGAAGGCGGUAAUAUCGGUAGACACGCCGUUGCUACUGAAGACAUCGAACCUGGCGAGAUACUGGCGAUAGAGAAACCACACUGCGCAGCCUUGUUGGCCGAAUACAGGCUCACGAAUUGUUACUACUGUUUCACGAAAAUAUUCGUCCCGAUACCGACUGUCUGUGAAACGUGCAACUACGUGGCUUACUGCAGUAUCUCCUGCAGAAACAAGGAUUCCAAGACUCACGAGAACGAAUGCACGAUAUUACCCAGCCUGUGGGCCUCGAGAACCUCUGUAAACUGUUUCUUAGCCUUGAAGGCAAUCACCCAACGACCCUUUGACGAAUUACUGAGACUCAAAGACAAGUUAGAAACCUCGAAGGGUAGAGUCCAGGUCUCGGCACAGCGGCCUUACCGGGCAGACGACUUUGAAACCACCUAUGGAUUAGUAUCACACGAGGACGAAAGAACGUCGGACGAUAUUUUCCAUAGAACCUACAUAGCCACUUGGCUAUUGAGACUUUUGAAAAGAGGUCCCUACUUCCCAGAAUCUGUUAAAACUCCAGACACAGCGGAAGCGAAACCUUCCGAUGGCGAAUUGUACAUUGGUGGUUUGAUUCUUCACAACUUAAUGAUAAUACAGUUUAACGCUCACGAAAUAUCAGAACUCGACGUGCCAAAAGGCAGCAACGCCCUAGCGAAAGCUAAAAACAAUUUUAUCGGUGGGGGACUUUACCCGACGAUUUCCCUGUUCAAUCAUUCGUGCAAUCCUGGCAUCAUCAGGUACUUUAUUGGUACCACUAUGGUUGUACGAGCAAUACGUUCCAUUCCAUCAGGGGAGGAAGUCUCUGAGAAUUACGGGCCGAUUUUUGCAACUUCCCCGGAAGCUGAACGAAGAAGGAAACUGAGAUUACAAUAUUGGUUCGACUGCAACUGUGAAGCAUGUGCAGCACAUUGGCCCAUUUUAGAAGAAAUCGACCCGACCAUUUUACGAUUUAAAUGCGAGUCUGGUAGGAAAUGUGGAAACGUUCUACCUAUAAAAACGGACACAAACGAAUUUAUGAUCAGAUGUCCCAAAUGUGGCAAGAACAUGAACAUCUUCAAAGGUUUAAAAGCGUUGCAAGAUACAGACGCCAUUUUUAGAACCGCUUCGAGAAAGCUCGAGGAGGGAAAGCACCAAGAAGCACUAAAAUUCUAUUUAGAAAUUUUGAAGCUCCUGGACGAAAAUCUUGCUUUACCCAUAAGAGAUUAUCACCUUUGUCAACAAGGUGUUCGAUUAUGUAUGCUUCCUCUUGGCAAUGUGUCUAAGAAUUCGUCGCUUUGAAUCAAUAUAAUUUAACAAAGAAAAUAAUUCAAACUCAAUGUGUGUAUGUGAUCAUUUUUUUUUUUUUUUUUAAACUGAACGUUUAAAACGGGACAAGAAGUAUAAAAUAUAUCCAAUACUAGUAUAUUAUUACUUCAGUACUUUAUUAGUUCCUAGUAAUGAACAUCAAACUUCUAUUUGCAAUAGGUAAGCCAAAACAAUUAUACCAUACACUUUUAUUUUAAAGUCUUAAGUUUGUAAGAGUACAAAAUAAUUAAUACAACGUAAAACUGUUUUCUACUUUUCAAUGACCUCCACGCCAAAAAAAAUUUCUCGCUUCUCACUGUUAUACUUAUCGUUAUAAUUGUCCUCAAUUGUAACCGAAUUUUUGUUUUUACCUCACUCGUACAUUUUGAAGCAAUGAGCACGUCCCGUGAAGAAAUCCACCAUAAUCGACAGCAGCUCGCAUCACAAGAAAUUUUGCAUGCGUGUAAUAUAAACGUGUACGUGGGUGUUUCCAAACGUGUUGUGCAGAGAUGUAUAUAGUAUGUAUAUCGCCCUUCUCACGCACAUCUCUGUGUACAUAUAUGUUAUUUACGCCCUUAUGUGAAGUAAUCUUACGCGUGUACAAAGUUAACUAAAAUACUAAACAUUGUGUACGUGUUUCAUAUCUCUUAUGAAUGCCUUUUACUCUAUCAUUGCUUCGUCCAAAUAUGUACGCGUGGUAACGUUUAGCUUUUUUUUUUUUUUUUUUAUGUACAUAUAAAAUCGGUUUUGUCUUCCAUCCGGCACACACUUAGUCGGUUCGUUCUCUCACUUUUAGCACCUAACUGCAAAUAAACAGAGAAACCACUUAGAAAAUAGUAUAACAGUUCAUACGAUAAUUUUUGUUUUUUUUUUUUACGUUGUGUUGUAAGUGCAAGGUUCGACUUCUUUUCUAUAAGUAUAUUUUUUUUUUUUCUUAAUUUGUUUCUAAUAUUAGUACCGUCUGUCACGGGAAUCCGAACGAGAACGGCGGUCUCGGCUGCGGCUACGGCUCAACGAUCUCCUGCGAGGACUACGGGACUUUGACCUAA